UAUAUCGGACUGUUUUGUACGCUAUAUGCGAGCACUCAAGUCUCUGGCAUUAUUUCGGUGCCCGCAAAGCCCUUGAGUGGUUGCAUAUUGGGCGUAUGCUUAUCGGUUGAUUUAGAAGGAGCAAAUAAAAGACCAGCGAAUUCGGAGGAGGAGAAAAUUGACAAACCAAAGGUGCUGCAGAAACCCAAGGAACAAAAAAAGAAGCAAAAUUGUUUGCUGGGUCUAUGCCUAGGAAUACAGCAGCAUCAAGAACAAAAACAACAAGUUCAACUUGAUCUGAAUUUAAACGAGAAUAAAAAGCAGCAACAGCUGGAAGAGGAAGAGAGAAAGAAAGCGCUAAAUCAACAAUCUGAAGACGAAAAGAAACAACAGCUCUCAGAAAUUCAGUUCCAAAAUCAAAAGCUCCAGCAACAGCUAAUGGAGCAGGAGAGGCUGCAAGAACAGCUGAUGCAGAGGCAACAGCGUCAUCAGAAGCUGCAGCAGGAGCUGGCGCUGCAGCAACAUAAGCUGCAGCAAGAAAAGGAUCUGAACGAGCAACAGGUUCAGCUGCAGCAGAAGUUGUUGCGGCAGCAAGAGCAGCUACUGCAGCAGCAAAAGCUGCAGCAGAAAGAGUUGCAGCAACUGGACUCCUCCAUUGUUCAGAUACCACUCUACCAGGGUCUGCAGAUUUCCCCACAAGUCCUGCAGCUCAUACAACAGAGUCGUAAUGUUCUGGCGCCCCAACAGAAUGGUCAAUUCCCAACUCCAGUUGCAGUUCAGCCGCAGCAACAUGCCCCGAUCUUAGAAGGGCCCACCAAUCCGGACGAUUUUACUGAAGAAACCAUAGAAAGGGACUCGAAACUGACAACAGUGGAACUAAUUGCACAAUACCAUUAUCCGGUGGAGACGCAUUACGUAACAACAGGCGAUGGUUAUGUGCUUUGCUUGCAUCGCAUUCCACGUCCCGAUUCUCAGCCGAUCCUGCUCGUCCAUGGUCUUAUGUCCAGCUCAGCCUCGUGGGUGCAGAUGGGGCCGCGAAAUGGACUAGCCUACAUAUUAUUUCGGCGGGGCUAUGAUGUCUGGAUGCUGAACACCCGAGGAAAUGUCUACUCGAAAAAACACUCCAAUCCGCGUAUCAAGCCUUCCAGUUAUUGGAGCUUCUCCUUCCAUGAGAUUGGCAAAUUCGAUUUGCCUGCAACCAUAGAUUUCAUUUUGAAUACGACCGGCUUGGCUAAAGUUCAGUAUAUAGGACACUCACAAGGCUGUACAGCCUUCUUUGUGAUGUGCAGCGAGCGACGGGGCUACGCCAAAAAGAUAUCGCUGAUGCAGGCCCUCUCCCCGACUACUUACAUGAAACACACACGAAGUCCGGUGUUGCAGUUCCUAUCGCUGUUCAAGCACAGAUUCACGGUCAUGUUGAAUCUGCUGGGUGGUUUUCAACUCUCGCUCAAUACACAUCUAAUAAGGCUAUUUCGCAAGGACAUUUGCAAUGAAAAGACCAGUCCGAUUUGCAGUGUGUUUGAUUUCAUUGUGUGCGGUUUCGAUUGGAAACAAUUCAAUGAGACCCUUGCGCCUUUGGUUCUGGGACAUGUCUCGCAGGGUGCUUCCACCAAGCAAAUCUAUCACUAUGCCCAGCUGCACGGAGUUAAAAAGUUUCAGCAAUUCGACCAUGGUUCCACGGCCAAUUUACAAAUCUACAGACAAAUGACCCCACCAACCUACAAUCUGUCGGCGGUUACGUGCAAGGUGGCUCUCCAUUACGGCAGCAACGAUUGGCUGAGCUCGGAAAAGGAUGUCAACCGUCUGUACAGUAAUCUGCCGAAUUGCAUCGAGAACCGGCAAAUAGAUUUCCCACAGUUCAGUCAUUAUGAUUUUACCAUAUCGAAAGAUGUUCGUCCGCUUGUCUACAAUCGCGUUUGUGAUCUCGUGAAGCAGUAUGCAUAUGUUGGCUAAUCUCAAAAACACCUUACACAUGGAUUUUGUUGUUGCUGGAAAAAGCGAAAAUGGUUAUCUUUUGCAUAUUUCGCAUUUUGCGGCUUGUAAAUAAAUGAUAUUAUCUCGUUGUGGUGAUCUUUAAUAAUAAAAAGCUAUAGAAAAUA